UCAUUCAACCUCCGAAAUAAAAAAAUAAAAAAGAAUUAUUGGCAACGCACAGGGAGAAGAAGAGGUCAAAUGUGCCUCGAAGAUUUGAGAAAAAGUCCAGUGACGAUAUACCGCUGACGAGAAGGCCCCUUCUUCUACAGGUGAAGAGAUGCUGCAGCCACGGGCAUGGAAGCUGCGUUUUGUAAACUCGCCACCACCGAUGAUAUUUACGUUUUCCAGGAUCGAGGCGGAGGACGGUUCUCCGAUAGCAAUCGAGCUCCUCGAUGCCGCCACAAACGCUCGAGUCACCUCCGAGUUGCGGCUCGAGAUCGUAGCGCUGAACGCUGAUAUCGCCGAGGAAAGCUUCACCACCACCGAGGAGUUUAACAGGAAUAUUCUCCGACCACGGGAAGGGAAACCACCAUUGCUCGUCGGAGACCUGACCGUGACGCUUAAAGACGGGGUCGGAGUAGUCAACGGCGACGUCACUUUCACAGAAAAUUCGAGAUGGACGAGAUGCAGGAUGUUCCGAUUAGGUGCUAAAGUUACACAACAAGGAGGAGUUGCGGAGGCCAUAAGUAGAGCGUUCGUGUGCAGAGAUCGUCCAGGAGGAGAAUGUGAAUACGACAUGACCAAACACGGAGUUAAAGAAUCAUCUUCACCGGGCGGCGGCAAUCAACAACAGAAGCAGAGACGCCAGCUUCAGAUCCGUGGUCAUCGUCCUUCACCUCUCAGCGUUAACAAAGACUCCCACGUGAUUAAGAAACCUCCCACGUUAACUCCGCGAGAGCCGGUGGUUGUCUCGCCCAAGGUCGUACACACCACCAUGAGUGAUUUCAGGAGCGUCGUCCACCGACUCACCGGGGCUAACAACUCUGUUUCCGAACUGCAAUUUUCUGCAUCAUCCCCCUCUACUGAUUAUGAAGUCAUAGUCAUAUACAGGAGAGGUGACAUAACCAAUGAUGCUUUUGUUAAGGUCGUCCAGCGACUCACCGGGAUUCCUAACUCUGCCUCUCUGCCUCUUAACUCAUACGUUGAAAUUGAAAAAGGGUCCUCAAAGGAUCUGCAAGACACUGAACUAAGCACAUCCGCCAUUGGGGAAUAUGAUGUCGUAAUCAGAUACAUGAGAGGUUGCAUAAGCAAAGGCGAUUUCACCAGCCAUCUUCGUGCUGCCCUCUGCCGGAGAGGGGUUUCUGUCCGCCAAGACAUCGAUGAAGUGGACGCAGUUCCUGAAUGUAGGGUUUUGAUCAUAUUCUUAACCAGCACAUACGUCCCUUCCAACCUGGUAAACAUUGUUGAACAGCAAAGUAAAAAGCCUCGAGUGGUUUACCCGAUUUUUUAUGGAAUUUCACCAUCUGAUUUGAUCACUAAUAGCGAGUAUUAUGAGAGUUUUUCCCUCCAAGACGAGCCAAAACGAUGGCAGGCUGCUUUGGAGAAAAUAACUCAGAUGCAUGGCUACAUAUUGACUACAGAUAAGUCCGAGUCUGACUUCAUAGACGAGAUUGUCAAUGAUGCUUUGGAGGUGCUACGUUCCAACUAUAAGAAGAAUAUUAUUGGGAUGGAUACGCAGAUAAAGGAGAUCUUGUCACUGCUAUGCAUUGAGUCUCAAGAUGUUCGCCGCAUAGGUAUAUGGGGUGCGGUUGGUAUAGGAAAAACAGCCGUUUCUGAAGAAAUCUUCCAUAGAAUCUCUGUCCAAUAUGAGACUUGUGUCUUCCUCAAGGAUCUCCAUAAAGAAGUCGAGCUAAAAGGGUACGAUGCUGUGAGGGAGGAACUAUUGUCUAAACUUUUAGAGGUAGAACCAGAUGUCGUACGUACUUCAAACAUUAAAACGAGUUUCUUGAGGAACAGGCUUCAGCGUAAAAGGGUCCUCGUAGUUCUCGACGAUGUGAAAGAUUUCAGGGAUGUUGAAACAUUUGUGGGGACGCUUAUCUAUUUUGGUCCAAGAAGCAGAAUAAUCAUAACGUCUAGGAACAGACAUGUUUUUGUACUAUGCAAAACCGAUCAUGUCUAUGAGGUCAAGCCAUUAGAAUUUCCCAACUCUCUACAUCUUCUGAACCCCGGAAUAUUUCAGAGUGGUCUGUCACCCGAGCUUUACAAGACAUUGUCACUUGAGCUGGUCAAAUUCUCAAAUGGAAAUCCUCAGGUUCUUCAGUUCUUAAGCAGAUCCAGCAGAGAAUGGAAAAGUUUAUCACAAGAAAUUCAGAAAUCUUCUGCCAUUUACAUUCCAGGUAUAUUCGAAAGAAGCUGUUGUGGGCUUGAUGAAAACGAAAAGAGUAUAUUUUUAGACAUUGCAUGUUUCUUUAGAAAGAUGGAUAAAGACGACGUUGCAAUGUUGCUUGAUGGAUGUGGUUUCUCUGCACAUAUUGGAUUUAAAAACCUUGUUGACAAAUCACUGUUAACCAUAUCACACAAUACGGUGGACAUGCUCUGGUUCCUCCAGGCAACAGGCCGAGAAAUUGUUCGCCAAGAAUCUAUUGACAGGCCAGGGGACCGCAGCAGGUUGUGGAAUGCUGAAGAUAUUAGAGACGUAUUCCUAGACAACACUGGCACGUCAGCUAUUGAAGGGCUUUUCCUGGACAUGUCGCAGCUGAAAUUCGAUGCAAGUCCCAAUGUAUUCGACAAAAUGUGUAACCUUAGACUGUUAAAGUUUUAUUUCUCCGAGUUGAUAGAGAACCAUGGAGUGUCUUUACCUCAAGGUCUUGAAUACUUGCCGACCAAGCUAAGGCUUCUGCACUGGGAAUACUAUCCUAUAAGCUCUUUGCCGCAAUGUUUUGAUCCAAAGAACCUCAUAGAGCUUAACAUGCCAAAUAGUUGUGUGAAGAAACUUUGGAAAGACAAAAAGAGUCUGGAAAACCUUAAAAAGAUGAGACUGAGCUACUCCUACCAGUUAACAAAGCUUCCAAGACUUACAAGUGCGCAAAACCUCGAGCUUCUUGAUCUUGAAGGUUGUAAGAGUUUGGUGAGCAUUAGCCACUCUAUCUGUUAUCUUAAAAAGCUUGUUUCUCUGAAUCUGAAGGACUGCUCGAAUCUGGAGAGUGUACCAUCUACCAGUGAUUUAGAGUCUCUUGAGGUUUUGAAUCUUUCUGGCUGCUCGAAGCUAGAGAAUUUUCCGGAGAUCUCACCAAAUGUGAAAGAAUUGUACUUGGGUGGGACUGUGAUACAAGAAAUACCAUCAUCGAUCAAGAACUUGGUGCUUCUUGAAAAACUUGACCUGGAAAACAGCAGACGCCUCGUGAUUCUUCCAACGAGCAUAUGCAAGUUAAAGCAUCUCGAAACGCUGAAUCUGUCAGGCUGCUCAAGCCUUGAGAAUUUUCCAGACUUGUCUAGAAAUAUGAAAUGCUUAAAGUAUCUGGAUUUGAGCAGGACGGCCAUUAGAGAGCUACCCUCCUCCAUUUCAUAUCUGACUGCUCUUGAAGAAGUAAGAUUUGUGGGAUGCAAGAGCCUCGUAAGAUUGCCUGACAACGCGUGGAGCCUAAGAUUCAAGGUUGAAUUUCGCCAGAUUGAUACGGAGAAGUUUUCGAAACUGUGGAAUAGAUUUGGAUGGCUCAAAAAAGUUCACAUCUCUUAGUUCCUUCUUCUAUACUCCUUGUAAUUGACACAACAAAGAUUGUUUCUGUUCUCUACAAUGUGAAAUAUAUGAGAAGAACUAAGGGCUGAAUCCGCCUAAGUCUGAUUCUUUAUCUGAAUGUAGAGAGUCUGAUAUUCAUUAUGUGAAUAUCUGGUAAAUGUUUGUUAUGUUACUUAUGUUCUUAGCUUCUUAUAUAAUUUCAUGAUAUAUUCGAAUUU